UGAAAUGUGGCCGUCAAUUUAACGCGGACUGACUGAGAUCAUCUGUAAGAGGAGUUCAAAACCAAACAUCUCUUCUCUUCUCUUCUCUACCUCCCUCUCUCGCUCUCUCUGUUUCUAUCUCCAUCUGUUUCUUGGAUUCUCAUCCAUGGUGACAAAAACCCACCAGAAGUUUGAGCUAUCUAUCCACUCCUUUCAUGAAAAUUCAAGUUUAAAUGUUUGAAAUUUAGAUAUCUUUUGGGUUGAAGCUUCGAUUUUCUUUAAUUUGUGUGUUCAAUUCCAUUUCUGGUGUUAAAAAAUGUCUUGACCUUUUUGUCUUCUUUCUUGCUUGUUUUGUUGCUUUAUCGCCGCUUCACAGUUUCAAAGGUUAAUAUCCUCAUCAAAUCCCAAAAAACCCAGCUCAGAUCUUCACAUUCCCGAUACAUCUCUCCUCAAAUCUCUCAAAAGCUCCCCAUUCUAACAACAACGCACAUCACUAAAACACCCAAAACAUCAUACUUCAACCCAAUUUUUCUUCUGUUGUCCCCUUAGAAGUUUGAAUCAACUUGGUUUUUCCCUUGGACGUUUGAAUCAAUUUGGUGUGAAAUAUGCAAGACCCAACAACGUAUUCCCAGAUCAAACCUCAAUUCCCAGAACAAGAGCACCUAAAAUGUCCGAGAUGUGAAUCAACAAACACAAAAUUCUGCUACUACAACAACUACAACCUCUCUCAGCCUCGCCACUUCUGCAAGAACUGUAAAAGGUACUGGACCAAAGGUGGUGCACUUCGGAACAUCCCAGUCGGCGGUGGUAGUCGCAAGAACACAAAACGCUCUUCAAACCCAAAACGCUCUUCAGCAACUUCCUCUUCAUCUUCAACCUCAUCUACACCAUCUUUGACCUCUCAAGAACUUCCAAAACCAGAGCCCUAUGGUCUCUCUGUUUCAUCAAUUGAUCGUGACCGUAGGAUGCUUGGUAUGGGUGGGAGUUUCAGCUCACUUUUGGCUUCAAAUGGGCAGUUUGGGAAUUUUUUAAUGGAGGGUUUGAAUCCAAAUGGGUCGACUGUGCAAUUGGGUGAGUUUGCAGAGAAUGUGAAUUCGGGUUCUGGGUUGAAUGUGGUCCGGAAUGUUGACCCACCAGUGGAGUUGCAGAGUGGCAACAAUUCAGACACAUUUUUGAAUGUUCAAAGUGGUGGUGGUGACUCUAGCUGUUGGAAUGGUGGCAAUGGGUGGCCUGAUCUUGCUAUUUACACACCAGGUUCGAGCUUUCAGUAAAUAAAGUGAAAAACUUUUGUGCGUGUGUGUGUGUGUGUGUGAGAGAGAGAGAGAGAGAGAGAGAGAGAGAAUCUAUAUUUUAUUUUCUGGCUUUAAUGGCAAUGUUGUUGAUGUUGGAAAUUAAAUUAUCUUAUAUACUUACUUAAGCUAUAGUGGUUAAGGGGUUUGCAUAAAUUAUGGUACAAGGUGACAUCCAGGGCACAAUAGCAUUCUUUCUGUAAUGCUUUUGUUUUUUUUGGGUUGGUUUUGGUGGUGUUUUGUUGACUUUUUUUGUGUGUUUAAAAUGGAAAAAAAAUAAUAAUAAUAAUGACAAAAUGGAAUUGUCAUUGAUUAUGAAC